UCCACUUUUAAACUUAGAAUCUCUUCUACGUAAACAAUUCCUCUCUUUCUCUCUUUCUCCUGGGCACUUUCCUUUCUCUGCACCUUCUUAUUACAAACCCUAACAAUCAAACAGAGUAUUCAGCUCACGUCAUCUCACACAUUGAAGAUUUGGACUUCAUACAUCAAUUCUAAGAAUAAACUUCACAGAUUCAUCAAUGGGAGAUCAUUCUGAAUCUUAUCCAAGGGACAAUUAUGCAGAUAGACAACCGACAAGAACGACAUCAGAUUCGGCCUCAUAUUCAACAACAAGUGUUCAUGUAACAGCAUUAGAUGGUUUAGUAAAUGUAAAUUCGCUAUUCACAAUUGCAGUUUUUGUAGGUUUAUCAUUAACAACACCAGGUCAGCAUAGUUUAGAGAACAAAGAUAUUUGUGACGCUGGUAUUGACGUUGCUAAACGGCUCUUAGUUUUUGAAGUGGUUUCGUUUAGUUUCUUUCUCUUUUCUAGCUUAAUUGCUCAAGGAUUAAAACUUGCUAUCAAUCUUCUGAAUAGUAAAGAUGUCGAUGAAGCUUUACGUGCACACAUCAACAUAAAGGUCCUCAGGUUUGGAAUGUUGGGGUCAGCGGUUGGAUCCGUUAUGGGAUGUAUUUUUCUGAUGUUGUCAAUGGUGCAUGUUAUCGAGAUUAGGUUAGGAUUGUUGUCUUGUGGUAGUAAAGCUGCUGUUCGUGCUGUUGCAACAUUGACUACGUUGGUAUCAUCUGCACUUCUUGUCUACAUUACCACAGCUGUCUACGCUUUUACUCACUAAACCUUAAUGUAUUUGCAUACAGUUUAAUUUUAUGAAUCCCUGAAUUCCUUGUAGUGCUUUUAUGUAUAUUGAUCGAUGAGCUCAAUUGCCUGUAUUCUGCUAGAUAAUCUGUAUAUCAGUGGGAUUUUUCAUGGAACUAACGAGGA